AGACUAGUGUUGAAAAUUGUCCCCAACCCAUAGUACUCGAUCUCACUUGUGUCCUAUAAAUAGCGCCACAACUUUGGCGACAAUCUCAUCACAAUUCACAAGCUAAUUACUAAAGACAUUAUCAAAUCCUUCAUUUGUUCUUAUUAAUUAUCCCCAAAAGAACAAGUCACAAUGGGCGUGGAAAUCCACACCAAUGAGGUUGAAACCGCCAUUGCACCUAAAAGGCUGUUCAAAGCUUUGUCCGUUGGCUCAGACCAACUCUUCCCAAAGGUCUUGCCUGGUUACGUCACCAACAUUCACACUCUUCAAGGUGAUGGUGGUGCCGGUACCAUUAAGAAGACCUAUUACAAAGAAGGUGAUAAAGAGAAGUAUUUUACAGUCGAGAUCAUGGAGAUCGACGAGGAGAAGUUGGCGUACAAGAACAAGAUGUUCGAGGGAGAUAUGCUGGGAGAAAAGCUGGCGAGUGUCAUAUACGAGGUGUCUUUCGUAGGCAAGGGUGACGGAGACGGGUGCAUCUGCAAGGCCAAAAGUGUGUAUCACAUCAAGGAUGGAUUUGUGAUUACGGAGGAGGAAAUCAACACAGACAAAGAGAAAUGGAUUCAGAUGGUUCAACUUGUUCAGAAUUACUUGCUUCAAAACCCAUCGACCUAUGCCGCUUAAUACCUAUGAUUAAUGUCUUCACUGUCUUGUUGUUGUUGUGGUCGUCGUCAUCAUGAGUGUUUGUUUGGUUUUCUUUAAGUUGAAUAAGGAAAUUAAAUGAUAUAUAUGUUGGCUUGGAUGGAGUUUUCUCUUCUCUUAGCUUCCUCAUAUGUACCAUACAAUUAGAUGUUGGGUCCAUCGUGUGUCUUGCCUCCAGUGUAAUGAGUUAUCCAUGUAAUGUUUUAUAAAUUGGAAUAAUUUGUAUUGUUAAUC